AUGUCAGAUGAGCAAAACCUCGCUCGUCAGACAGCCUCGAGCUUCGAUAGGCUCGAAAACUUCAACUUCCUUCUCUCUCGACACGAUCCCAACCUGGUCAAGAGUCGACAAUAUUCCUUUGAUGCAGAGUCGACGGCUUUGGCCUCUUUCCAGAACCUGAAUAUGGAUUACGACCAGACCGAGGGCAUGGGCGGCCUUUCCGUCAGUUCAUAUGACAGCAUUGAGGACGAGCGCAGUCCCAUCGAUGUGCGAGGAUAUCCGCAUUAUGAUCAAAUGCUUUCCUAUCCAGCUCACCCACUCUACCCCCCCAUCUCAUAUGGACCCCACGAUGAUCUGGGGCACGUCCCCGGGGCUUUGACUCCGUCGGAUGUUUCUUCGUCCAUUUCACCCCCGAACGGUGCUAUCACCAACACCAAGUACAGCACACAGAUCCCGGGCGACCACCUCGCGUCAGCUCUCAGUCAAGAGGAGGGCGUGCGUCGCGCCGCCGAAGAGGACCGCCGCCGCCGGAACACGGCCGCCAGCGCCCGAUUUCGCAUGAAGAAGAAACAGCGCGAACAGGCGCUGGAACGCACCGUGCGCGAGACGACGGAGAAGAACGCUUCGCUGGAGGCCCGCGUGGCCCAGCUCGAGAUGGAGAACCGCUGGCUGAAGAACCUGCUCACCGAGAAGCACGAAGCCAGCUCGACCCGACUGGCACCGCCCCCGACCGACAGCAGCGCCCUGUCCUCGAAAGGCUCCAGCGUCACGGCGCCCGGCCAGAAACAUAUUCAACCCAAAAAGAAGGGCGUGGGCACCGACAACUGA